GAACAAGGUGCAGAAUGAAAAGGAAAUCCUGUCAAAUUUAUUUUUUCCCUUGUGUACCAGAAAAAGUGAGUGUGUACAGUAGAGGAGUGGGGAUGGUUCAGAGAGAGAGAGAGAGAGAGAGAGAGAGAGAGACGUGCCUCUGACUCUACAUUUUGACUCUGUGCCCCAUGCUUGUUCAGUCGAGGCUGUUGCAGCGGCCAUUGCAGUGAAAGAAGCACAACAAAUGCACAGUGAAUUAGCCUUACCCACACUGUUUCAUAUUUUCAGUGAAAUUAUAAACCGACUAAAACUUACAGGGUCUAUAAAGUGGUCUUUAUUUAUUUUAACAUCUGCAAAGUUUUUUUUUGUACAACAUUCAAAACUUAUUCCCCAGUUAAAGUCGUUUUCUGUUGUCGACUACGAUCUGGAAAAAGAACACAGUGUCUUCUACCCUGAAGACUUUCCUAUAAGAGUACACUUAUUUAUUCUUAGUGGAUUGGAGAUGCUGUCAUCUUAGCAUGAAAAAAAUAAUUUCUUUACAUAAUUUAUUACAAAUGCAGUUUUUUAUUUCUCUGUAAAUGAAUUUAACCCUCACUAUUCUUGUUUAAAAGAUCACAAUAAAGUGGCCUCAUAUGAGAUAUUAAGUGAGCAGAAUGCUAAUGUUACUGCAACACUGAUGACCCUAGAACACAAAGCUAAGGUUUAAGUAGUUUUAAGAGCUUCCUGUUUCCUUUAAAACAUUUCAGUGGCUGUUCUGUACAUGUGGAUUAAAAACAGCAUUUUUGAGUUUUGUGCUUCUAAUUUUUUGUAACUACCACUCUUUAUUUUCUGAUUUAUUAUCAUCACCUAAAAACCAUUUUGUAUCAGAUAUUAUUAUAGCCCUAGACAAAACUGUAUGAAGAACUGAAGGUGGAGCAUCAGCAUGUUCAGGAAGAAGAAAACAACACAAAUUACUUCUGCUUGAUAGAGUGAACUGUGGGUGAGUCCUAUAGUCUUAAAUUGAUUUUAUUCUAGCAAGCAGAAAUCACGAAUAGAGAGGUUCGGAAAUGCAAGUCAUCUAUAAAGAUAUGAGUCUUGAACUGGACAAAAUAGAAACAGAGGAUGAUGUUUAUGUGACUAUGGAGGACUGCAGGCAAAAGCUGAAAAAAUGCACAGGACCACAAGCAGUGGAUAAUGACUAUGAGUACAUGAAGCAACUGCAUCCAAAGACCAAAAAAUGCACAGCUUCAUCUGAGUGCAAGGUCGUCAUAUUUGCUCUUGGUCUUCUACUGCUUGGAGCUUCAGCAUCACUCUGUGCUGUAGGGAUCUUGUAUCACAGUAAAGUUGUUUCCAAUGAGAUAUUAAGGGAGAGACAUGACAAUGCUACAGCCAAACUGAUGGUGCUAAAAUACAAAGCCACUGAGACAGAAAGAUUGUAUGAAGAACUGAAGGUGAAGCAUCAUGAGUUUGUCUCUGCAUGCAGUAAAAAUCAAACCUGUACACUUUGUGAGGAAGGAUGGAAGUCUCUUGGUUUAAAGUGUUACUACUUCUCCACUCAUAAACUGAACUGGACACAGAGUCAAGAUUACUGUGUGGAGAAAGGAGGCCACCUGGUGAUUAUAACAGGCCAAACUGAACAGGAUUUUCUAGUUUCACAAAUUGGAGAAACACACUGGAUUGGCUUGAAUGACUUGGAGACUGAAGGACAGUGGAUGUGGGUGAACAACCAGCCCUUAAAGGAGACCGGUGUAACGUUCUGGUAUAGCGCUCCAGGGAGACCAGAUGAGCCUGAUAACUGGAAAGAGGAGGACCCUGCUGGAGAGAACUGUGCUGCGUUGGGAAGUGAAGGUGGUCACACACAUAAAUGGUUUGAUGCUUCCUGCCAUAAGCAGAAACGAUUCAUCUGUGAAAAAUAAAAUUACUCUCUUUCACUCGCGUUUGUGUAAAUAUUACCUUUACAUUUAUAUGCAUGGUAAGAACUUUUUGGACAAGAACAAAUCUUUUACAUACUCUGUAAUAUUUAACAUUUUUAAAGGUCUUGGAUUUCAGACCUGCUUGUUAGAAGAUUAAAAGGUGAUAUGAGAGAAUAUAUGUGGCCUUUCUCUUGCUGUCUUGUAUAAACCAGCAGUUGAAAAUAGAUUGACUAUUGUAAAUAUAAAUUUAUUUCCUCAAAUUUCAUGUUAAGACAAUGCGACUGGACAGUUAUAACCCAGUUAUAAAGAUGUUUUUAGUGACUUCUCAGAGGUUUUGCAUUAGGUCAGCUCAGUAGAAUGAAAGUCAGAGAUAAUUAUAUCUUUACACAAGUCAGGUCACCUUGGCUUACUUCUACUGGACAUUUUAAUAUGAUCUUGAUGCCUAAAAAUCUUCAUUAGAACUUAAACUUUUUCUUUUCUAUUUUUGUAUUCAAUAAAUACUGUAUAGAGCCAGGGGCAAAUUAAAGGAAAAGCUGAUUCGACAGAAGAGGUUGAGUGUGACUGCAAAACCAUCACCUGACAUUGAAAUAGGCCAUUUCACGUGAUUAGAAUGGCGCUUAACACUUGAUUAGCUGCAGACUGGACUGCCUUCCCACAAAAAAUCUCUGCGACAUUAAACUAGGAAAUCUGAAAGUUGCUGGGAUUUAGUAAAGGUUUGUUUUACGUUGCAGCUGUCAAGAAAUCUAAAAGGUUCUCUUAAGUAUCAACCUUUACAUAUAAUACUCUAUAUACUGUAUUUAUAAUAUGUCAUAGAUCUAAAGACAUUGGAGUUUCAAAUUCAUGUUGCAAACAUAUACGUCUAUUCCAAAAAAUAUUUAUUCUUAUUUCAUACUGAUUUGUUUUAUUUAUGUCGAUGAACACUGCUCUUCCAAAAUGCAUUCUGUCUCUUUAAUUUAUAAUUAACACCCAAUAUAGUUUAAAAGAGCACUAGGUUCUUCUUUAAUUUGUUAUCCAUCUAUAUGCAUUAUUGCUAUGAAUAUUUACUGAAAAUUGAGUAGCACACAUCUUAUGUUAGCUAAAACUGGAUGUAAUUUCAAGUUGCUUUGAAUAACCAUUGAGAAACGUUUAUGAAAUAAUAAAAAUUUAGA